AAAUUUGUCAUCACAUUGUCACAGUAAUGAUAUUCGUUGUUAAGCUAUUCAAUGAGUUUUGGAACCAUGACAAGAUACGAUAUUUAUACGAAGCGAUGGAAAACCACUGGAAUGUAUUUACAAGCGAAAUUGAAAUUCGUAUUCUUAAAGACUAUUCUAUGCUAACGCGAAAAUGUAUAAUAACUUAUUCGAUUAUAACAUACGUCUCAACAGUACUAUUUUUGAUGGUUCCAUUUAAACCGAUAUUACUCGAUAUCAUACGGCCUCUUAAUGAGUCACGACCGCGAAUAUUCGUGAUUUCUGAAAUAGAAUGGGGAAUGGAUAAGGACAAGUAUUUCGUACUGAUAUUUUGCUAUACUUCAUCUGUAAUUGUGAUGGGUGCAACUAUUUUUGUUGCUGUCGACAGUAUAUAUAUUACUCGUACCGUUCACGCUUGUAGUUUAUUCUCGAUCAUUAGUCAGCAAUUAGAGAAGGUAACAUCAAAACUGGGCAUCGACAAAUUAAGCGAGCAAGUGACAUACCAGGAAUAUGUCAUAUGUUUAAAAAAGUACCAACUCGCUUUAGAGUAAAGAAUUUCUUUUGAUCUUUCCACAAUUCGCAAAAAUAUAUUAU